UGUUAUAUUCCAAGCCUAGAUAAAGCUAUCACAGUAUGGAUGCUAGGAGUUAAUUUCUCUCAGGUUUACAUGCUGACAUGGUUUAUAACAGCACACCAGGAAUGGAAGGAAAAGCCCUUCAUCCAACUUAAUCGGAUAUUGUAGCAUUUUUCUCAGAAACAGGCAUUGUGCAACACAUUGUGGCUGGCUAUUAAGUGGAUUCCAGGCUUCUUAGGGCAACUAGUUGAAGAACAGGAACGAAACGUUGAAGGAUGCAGAAAGAGUGACUGAAGAAUGAUUUCCACCUAAACAGGAAUCUAACCAGCGGAAACUUCUCACUCAGCUGAUUUAGCACUGUUGAUCAAUAAAGCCAUGGCUUGGAAAUGGAUCAAAGCUUUUGUUUAUCUGUCAUUGUGUGUCACCUCUGCUGCGGGUGAUGAGGAACUAUCCCAAACCAAGUGUGCUGACUUCAACAACACCACCUGGAUGGAAUACAGACAGGCCACCAAGCUCCAGGUUCAGUACCUUCUCCUUACACGAAAGAAUGCAGACUGUGCCAGCCUUUUCACGCAGGACUGCCUCAACCACACCCAGAAACACACGGCUUACUUCAACUCAUCACGCCCCACUAAAGUCAUUGUUCAUGGAUACAGAGCCUUGGGCAGCAAACCUUCCUGGGUGAGUGGCUUAGCCCAGGCUCUAUUGCGGGAAGGAGACGUGAACGUUCUGGUGGUGGACUGGGUCUAUGGAGCCUCCUUUGCUUAUAACUUGGUGGUAGAGAACUACAAGGAGGUGGCUGUGCAGAUAUCAGUGCUUAUCAAUCAGCUUACGAAAUAUGGAAGCACGCUGGAAUCUUUCCAUUUCAUCGGUGUGAGUCUUGGAGCACAUGUGUGUGGAUUUGUGGGGACCCUAUUUGAAGGCAAGCUGGGUCGAAUCACAGGUCUGGACCCAGCAGGACCAAUGUUUAAGAGGGCUGAUCCAUAUGACCGUCUGGAUUCAUCUGAUGCCUUGUUUGUUGAGGCCAUCCACACUGACUCUGACUACUUUGGUAUAUCCAUUCCUGUCGGACAUGUGGACUUCUUCUUAAAUGGUGGAAUGGACCAAGCCGGUUGCGCGCGCUCAAGGUUUGCGUCAAUUUUAAUCUACUUUCCAGUGUAUGGCUAUGUCAUAUGUGACCACAUGAGGGCACUGCAUGUCUACAUGAGCGCCCUGAAUGGCACCUGCCCACUUAUUGGUUUCCCCUGCUCCAGUUAUGAGGAAUUCUUGGCAGGAAAAUGCAUCACCUGCCAAGGCCCCUUCAAUGGCACAUGCCCACAAAUAGGCUUGUUAAAGAACAGUGGGAUAACAGUGAGUCCCCUGCCAAAUCAAGAGAAGGUGUAUCUCCUGACCACCGCUACGGCUCCGUAUUGUGCACAUCACAUCCUUGUGGAAUUGAGGGUUUCCCGAUUAGACAAGACUGCUGAGGUUCAGCUUACCCUGAUCUCUACAGGACAUCCUCAGACAGAGCUAAAACUCAAACUAAAUACGGAUGAAACUGGGUAUAAAAAGGUGGCUGCACACCCGGAGCGACUGUGUAAUAUUGACUCAGUGCAGCUGAAAAACACAGGAGCACGAUUCUACAGACAAGGAGACAUUCAUUUUGAGUACAUAUGCAUCUCUGAAGUCCCUUACACCAGAGGGUUGGAUCCAUUAUGUGUGAAGAACAUUAAUAUUGGACGGGGAGUACCAUGGUCACAUGACUUUGUACAGGUGUGCUAAAUUAAAAACAAAAAACAAAACAAACAACACAAAAUCUACUUAAGAGAGCUUAUACUUUACCAGCUUUUAAAGUCUCAAAUUCAAGCGAAGGUCACACACUAAAACAUUUUUAGCAUGUUUAGGUUGGGAGACAUUAAAGCUUGCCGACAAAGACAUAGAUAGGAUACAAGGGGACUGAAUUGCUCUGUUAGAUAUAUUUAUUGUGUUUUCACAAAAUGAUUGUUUUCACAAAAAAAUAUGUAUAUGAUUUCACAAAUAAUGUAAAAUAUGAUUUCAGAUACUUUUGUUUUUAUGUGCACUGUUCCAGAGAGUGUUAUAGUGAAAUAUCAGUCGAGAGGAAUUUAACGUGCCUGAAUUUCUUUGUUUAGUUUUGUUAGACAACAAUCAGCUACAAAAAAUAUUGUGUAUUAAGAAAGUCAGUCAUUUAACAUACAGCAGUUCUUUUAUGUGUUAAUAUAUGUGCUGAAUGUUCAUUUUCAGUUAUUAAAACUUACUAUUCAAGUUACAAAAUUCAA